AGCGACAGCUUUCUUGACAGUCUUAAGUUGCUUUAUUCAGAGCAUCAUCCCAGCUCCACUUUCAGUUGCUGCCCAAAGCCUAGCGCUUUUCCUUGUGACAAGGCUCCUUUGUACUGCAGUAUUUGGUAGCCGCCUUCUGGGCUCUGAGGACGAUACGUGACCUCUGUAAAAAUGCUGCGAUAUUGGGGUGAGAUUCCAGUUUCAUCUAACCAGGCCAACCGCAGCUCCUUUGACCUGCUUCAGCGUGAGUUUCGUACUGUUGAAGUCCAAGAUCCUCCACUGCAUCAGCCAUCUGCAAACAAACCCCGGCCAACCACCAUGUUGGACAUCCCCUCAGAGCCCUGCAGCCUCACAAUUCACACCAUUCAGCUCAUCCAGCACAACAGGCGGCUGCGCAGCCUGAUCUCCAUGGCUCAGGCUCAAAACCAGCAGCAAGUGGAGGGCAUAAAAACUGAAGACAACGAACCUCUGCCAUCUUGUCCGGACUCUCCACCUCUCCCUGAUGACCUGCUUCCUCUGGAUAGCAAGACCUCCAAAAUGCCAUUUCAGCUGAGGCACAGUGACCCAGAGAGUGAUUUCUACAGAGGAAAAGGGGAGCCAGUGACUGAGCUGAGUUGGUCCUCCUGUCGGCAGCUUCUCUACCAGUCAAUGGCCACCAUCCUGGCUCACACAGGCUUUGAGUGUGCCCAUGAGAGUGUCCUGGAGACCCUGACAGACAUUGCCCAUGAGUACUGCUUGAAGUUCACCAAACUGCUGCGCUUUGCUGUGGAUCGAGAAGCUCGACUUGGGCACACCCCUUUCCCUGAUGUCAUGGAGCAGGUCUUCCAUGAAGUGGGCAUUGGCAGUGUGCUCUCACUGCAGAAGUUCUGGCAACACCGCAUUAAGGAUUAUCACAGCUAUAUGCUUCAGGUUAGCAAGCAGCUCUCUGAAGAGUAUGAGAAGAUUGUCAACCCUGAAAAGGCAGCAGAAGACACAAAGCCUGUGAAGAUUAAGGAGGAACCUGUUAGUGAUAUUACUUUCCCCAUAAGUGAGGAGCUGGAAGGAGAUCUGGCUUCUGGUGAUCAGUCUUUGCCUGUUGGAGUCCUUGGAGCUCAAAGCGAGCGCUUCUCUGCCAACUUGGAAGUAGAAGCUUCCCCGCAGACUUCAGGGGCUGAGGUGAAUGCUUCCCCGCUCUGGAACUUGUCACAGGUAAAAAUGGAGCCACAGGAAAAUGAGGAGGCCAAUGUACAUGGCCACGGGGUCCUAGGCAGCGAUGUCUUUGAGGAACCGAUGUCAGGCAUGAGCGAAGCUGGGAUGCCACAGAGCCCCAAUGGCUCUGAGAGCAGCUAUGGUUCUCAUUCUGCUGACAGUCUGAUGGGAUCCUCCCCUGUCUUCAACCAGCGUUGCAAGAAAAAGAUGAAGAAAAUGUGAAAAGAGACAGUCUUUUUAAUCCUGAUGGUAUGUAAUAGACUUGAAACGAACUAAGAGAGCACUAUGAUGGCUAUGAUUCAUGAACAGGGCUGGCCCAGGUGUAUGAGGGACCUUGCAUAAAAUUAUUAUGAGACAUUUGGUGUGUAGUGCACUUCAGCUCCCCACCUUGCUGGCUUCUGUACUCCAUCCUGACUCAUGAGACUGAAGAUCACCCUAUACAUUU